CCGGCCGCGGGGGGAGGGGGAGCGGCAGACGCCGAGGCGAGGGACGCGCGCGGCGGGCGGCGGCUCCGAGCGGCGGCCGGGCGGGGGGCGCUGGAGGCCAAGCCGGCCAGAGGGGAUCCCGAGAGCCCCAUGAAGUGCCCCCGGGGCCGCGGACGGGGCGCUGUCCUGGGGAGGCUGUCGGGGGGUCCCCGACAUCCAUGGCUAAGCGGGGGCCGCGGCGGCGCGCUCGGAGGCCGGCGGCGGCGGCUGCCCCGAGGGACGGGGCCCUAGGCGGUGGCGAUGGGGGCCGUCCGGAUCGCGCCCGGCCUGGCGCUCCUGCUCUGCUGCCCCGUGCUCAGCUCCGCAUACGCGCUGGUGGAUGCAGAUGACGUCAUGACCAAAGAGGAGCAGAUCUUCCUGCUGCACCGCGCCCAGGCCCAGUGCCAGAAGCGGCUCAAAGAAGUCCUGCAGAGGCCAGCUGACAUAAUGGAAUCACACAAAGGAUGGGUACCUGCCUCCACGUCAGGGAAGCCUAAGAAGGAGAAGACAUCUGGGAAGCUCUACCCUGAGUCUGAGGAGGACAAGGAGGUGCCCACUGGCAGCAGGCACCGAGGGCGCCCCUGCCUGCCCGAGUGGGACCACAUCCUUUGCUGGCCGCUGGGGGCACCAGGUGAGGUGGUGGCCGUUCCCUGUCCCGACUACAUUUAUGACUUCAAUCACAAAGGCCAUGCCUACCGUCGCUGUGACCGCAAUGGCAGCUGGGAACUGGUGCCUGGGCAUAACCGGACAUGGGCCAACUACAGCGAGUGUGUCAAGUUCCUGACCAAUGAGACUCGUGAACGGGAGGUGUUUGACCGCCUGGGCAUGAUCUACACCGUGGGCUACUCAGUGUCGCUGGCCUCCCUCACCGUGGCGGUGCUCAUCCUGGCCUACUUCAGGCGGCUGCACUGCACGCGCAACUACAUCCACAUGCACCUAUUCCUGUCCUUCAUGCUUCGCGCCGUGAGCAUCUUCGUCAAGGACGCGGUGCUCUACUCGGGCGCCACGCUCGAUGAGGCCGAGCGCCUCACCGAGGAAGAGCUGCGCGCCAUCGCCCAGGCGCCCCCGCCGCCCGCCGCAGCCGCCGCCGGCUACGCGGGCUGCAGGGUAGCUGUGACCUUCUUCCUUUACUUCCUGGCCACCAACUACUACUGGAUUCUUGUGGAGGGGCUGUACCUGCAUAGCCUCAUCUUCAUGGCCUUCUUCUCAGAGAAGAAGUACUUGUGGGGCUUCACGGUCUUCGGCUGGGGUCUGCCUGCCAUCUUCGUGGCUGUGUGGGUCAGCGUGAGAGCCACCCUGGCCAACACCGGGUGCUGGGACUUGAGCUCCGGGAACAAGAAGUGGAUCAUUCAGGUGCCCAUCCUGGCCUCCAUCGUGCUCAACUUCAUCCUCUUUAUCAACAUCGUCCGGGUGCUCGCCACCAAGCUGCGGGAGACCAAUGCCGGCCGGUGUGACACGCGGCAGCAGUACCGGAAGCUGCUCAAGUCCACGCUGGUGCUCAUGCCGCUCUUCGGCGUCCACUACAUCGUGUUCAUGGCCACGCCGUACACCGAGGUCUCAGGGACGCUCUGGCAAGUCCAGAUGCACUACGAGAUGCUCUUCAACUCCUUCCAGGGAUUUUUUGUCGCCAUCAUAUACUGUUUCUGCAAUGGCGAGGUACAGGCUGAGAUCAAGAAAUCCUGGAGCCGCUGGACGCUGGCACUGGACUUCAAGCGUAAGGCCCGCAGCGGGAGCAGCAGCUACAGCUACGGCCCGAUGGUGUCUCACACGAGUGUGACCAACGUAGGCCCCCGCACGGGACUCGGCCUGCCCCUCAGCCCCCGCCUGCUGCCUGCUGCCGCCACCACCACCAACGGCCACCCCCCACUCCCCGGCCACACCAAGCCAGGGGCCCCGAUCCUCCAAGCCACACCACCUGCCGCGGCUGCUCCCAAGGACGACGGGUUUCUCAAUGGCUCCUGCUCGGGGCUGGACGAGGAGGCCUCGGCGCCGGAGCGGCCACCAGCCCUACUGCAGGAGGAGUGGGAGACGGUCAUGUGAUCGGGGACCGAGCCAGGGUUGGACCCGUGGGCAUAAGGGCUGACAGACGGACCAAGAGAUGGCUGGUUGGACGGUUGCCUGCUCAGGGCUAGGGCUGGGAAGACAAAAGAGGAAAAAAAGAAAACAAAAAAAGAAAAAAGAAAAAGAAAGAAAAGGGAAAAGGAA